AGAUCUCAUUAGUGUUGAAUAAAAUCAGUCCGGACGCCAGUAUUUUGUACAGAAAUGACUUUGGCUGAGCGUCGUGAAGAUUUUCGGAAGUACCUGAACGAUACAGGAAUUCUUACCCUUGUUCAAAAAUGCUUGAAAUCGUUGUACCUGCUGAAGCCAGAAGAUCGCCCUGAUGACGUUAUGCAAUAUUUCCUCAAUGAAAUACGGGGUACUGCACCCGUGGAAAGCGCUGAAUCAAACUCUAAAAUAGCUGAUCUCCGACGGGAAGUUGAAGAACUUCAGAAGAAAGUUCUCGAGUUGCAAUCGAUCAUCUCAACUACCCGCAAUGAUGUUGUGUCACCACGAGGAAGUCGACCGAACGAGGGUUCUAUGCGUGUGAACUUGGAUUAUUCGCCGGUUUGCGGGAAGAACAUGGAACGGCGUCGGUCUGGAGCGUGGGCGCAGAUCGUUCGAAUUUUUGAUAAAUUACUGCAAGAGUGCCGGUUUGUCGAUCUGGAGACGCUUUGCAUUGUCGCAGGAAAACAAGCAUGGGAGAUCACGGUGGACAUGAAUGUGAUCUCCGACGAUGGCAACUUGCUAGAAUGCGCCAGCAUAGCUUUAAUCGCUGCCCUGAAGCAUUUCCGUUAUCCUGUUACAACCAUGGAUGGAGACCAACCCAUCAUUCAUUCGAUCAGAGAAAAGGAUCCUUGUGCGCUAGUUUUCACUCACAAUCCCGUGUUUACGACGUUCUCUUUCCUCGGAAAAGGGGAAUUUUGUCUUGUGGAUCCCACAGAAGACGAAGAAUCAGCUCAAGAUGGGAAGCUAAGUGUGUACCCGGAAGAAGUACUAGAUUCUGUCGCCAAGAAGUCUCCAUCUAUGUUGCAAAUGAGGAGAACCAUAUCCCCAACUGAAGAACCGAUGGAUGAAGAUCGUAUGUCUCCUGGAAUUCGAAAAGAGCCUGAAGAAUCAAUUUCUUCUGAUGAGCCUCGAAUCAAACAAGAAGUUGAUGACGCUUCGUGGGGAAUCGAUGUUACUGCGGAAGAGGUUGUCGAACUCACUCGACGAACUGCGAAAGAUAAAAUUCAAGCCGUCGAGUUGUCUGAUGAUGAUAUAGGCGAAGACGAAGUCCCAAAAAAGACAAAGAAACCCGGAUCGAAAGAGAAGAAAUCAGGGGCUAGUGCUGAUGGAAACAAAUGGUUUUGUGACAAAUGGUGA